AUGACACACCCCCAGCAAGCCGUCCACGCCGCAUCGCUCCAAGACCCCGAGGCCUUCUGGUCUCACCACGCGCAGCAGCUCCAUUGGCACCGCAAACCUUCACGUGCGAUUCGUCGGUCGACGAAAACGCUUGCUAGUGGUGUCAGCCACCGGUCGUGGUCUUGGUUUCCCGAUGGCGAAAUCUCCACGACGUAUAAUUGCGUUGACCGGCACGUGCACAAUGGCAAUGGGGACAAUGUCGCUAUCGUUUGGGACUCGCCGGUGACGGGGAAGAAGGAGAGGUAUACGUAUCGGCAGUUGUUGGAUGAGGUUGAGGUUCUGGCUGGGGUUCUAGUGGAGGAGGGGGUGAGGAAGGGGGAUGUCGUUAUUAUUUAUAUGCCUAUGAUACCGGCGGCGUUGAUCGGCGCCCUGGCUGUCGCUCGAUUGGGUGCGAUCCACGCGGCUGUUUUUGGAGGCUUCGCGGCCAAGUCGCUGGCGCAGCGCAUUGAGGCGGCGCGGCCGCGGGCUAUCCUGACAGCAUCGUGUGGGAUCGAGGGUGCGAAGGGUCCUAUCGCAUAUCGGCCGUUGGUGGAGGGAGCCAUUGAAGCGAGUAGCUUCAAGCCGGAGAAGGUGCUCAUCUGGCAACGGGAUCAGCUGCGAUGGAAUAAUCCCGAUAAACUAGGCGGGCAACGGAACUGGAACCGCCUGGUGAAGAGUGCGAGAAUGCGUGGUAUCCGCGCUGGGCCAGUACCGGUCAAAAGCACUGAUGGUCUGUAUAUCAUCUACACCAGUGGAACCACCGGCUUACCGAAGGGAGUCGUCCGAGAGGCAGGCGGACAUGCAGUCGGGCUCAGCCUGUCGAUCAAAUACCUGUUUGAUAUUCACGGACCGGGCGACACGAUGUUCUGCGCCUCGGACAUUGGCUGGGUAGUAGGACACUCGUACAUCUUAUACGCCCCGUUGCUGGUGGGCGCCACGACCGUGCUGUUCGAAGGCAAGCCAGUCGGCACCCCAGACGCAGGCACAUUCUGGCGGGUCGUCGCCGAACACAAGGCAAAUGUCCUCUUCACUGCGCCCACGGCGCUUCGAGCCAUCCGCAAAGAAGACCCAGACAACAAGCACUUCGAGAAAGUUGCUGGGAAGGGUAACCUCCGACACCUGCGAGGGCUCUUCCUCGCAGGAGAACGCAGCGAACCCAGCAUCGUGCGCGUGUACCAAGACCUCCUCAGCAAGCAUGCCGCGCCUGGAGCUCUAGUCGUAGACAACUGGUGGUCGUCCGAGUCCGGCUCUCCCAUCUCAGGACUCGCGCUGCGAAGCGCUGUGGGCCGAAAAUCGCCACAAUCCGACGAAUACAACAUCGCCCCUCUAGCGAUUCGGCCUGGCUCCGCUGGUUUGCCUAUGCCAGGAUUCGAGGUGCGAGUUGUCGACGACGAAGGCAAUGAAGUCGGGCAAGGGAAAAUGGGAAACAUCGUCAUGGCGACGCCGCUGGCCCCAACAGCGUUCACCCGCCUCUUCAACGACGACGAACGGUUCUAUAGAGGCUACCUCGAGCGGUUCAACGGGCGCUGGCUGGACACAGGAGAUGCAGGGAUGAUCGAUCAGGACGGGUAUAUCCAUGUGAUGUCGCGGUCAGACGAUAUCAUCAACGUUGCGGCGCAUCGAUUCAGUACAGGCUCCAUCGAACAAGCAAUCCUCUCGCACCCCGACAUCGGCGAAGCCAGCGUCGUCGGGAUCCCGGACGCCCUGAAAGGCCAUUUACCAUUUGCAUUCAUAUCGCUCAAGAAAACCGACGGGCAUCUCCCCGCGCGACCUAGUGCCGAACUCUUCAAUGCCGUGAACCGUCUUGUGCGCGAUCAGAUCGGCGCGAUUGCGUCGCUGGGCGGGAUGAUUCGGGGCCAGGGGAUGAUUCCAAAGACGAGGAGUGGGAAGACGUUGCGCCGGGUGUUGAGGGAGCUUGUGGAGAAUGGGGCGAGGGGGGAGUUCGAUAGGGAGGUUGGGGUGCCGCCGACUGUGGAGGAUAGGGCUGUUGUGGAGGUUGCGAGGGGGAGGGUUAGGGAGUAUUUUGAAACUCUGGGGGCGGCUCGGGGGAACGGAAGCCCUAAGGCGAAGUUGUAA